AUUCGUUUAUUUUCCCCUACUUAAUUAUUUAUUUAUCCUUAUUCCUCUCUUUCUUCACCCGUCAAACCCCAACAGUAAAUCCUCGUCACCAUCGCCUCCACCGCCAUGACCGCCGCCACCACCGCCAUCUUCAACAGAAUCGGCACCUGCACCUCUCAACGUAGUCCAAUCCUUCUCAAAUUCUGAAUAAUCGAAAAAGGGAGACCAAAUCAAGGAGCAUUUAGGCACAUCAUCGUCGAUUUUGGACUCACCAGUGUGGGAACAAUCAUGCUUAGCCUCCAGCCAUCCUCCAUGGGGACGGGAAAUUCGGUGAAGAUUUAAAGUAGGACCGAUUGGUUAUUGUAUGAGCGUACCCUAAAUAAUCAUAUUAAGGGCUUGCCGAUCUUCAAUGGCUUUGUGUCUAUAAAGCUGGUGAGAGGCUAAAAUUGUUAACUUACUUUGUAUUUGAGCAUUUGGGGUUGAACUUUUUGAUAGUGAUUGAUCUAUUACGUACAAAUGGAAGCCAAGGUCGCAAAGGUAUUGGAUAGUAGUAGUCGUAGAGUUAUGCUUGGUUUGAAGAGAAAACGAGCAUCCCGUUAUGCAGCAUAUUUUGCUGAAGCUUCCGGCAUUCUCUCACCUGGGUGGCCAACUGUGCAUUAUUCAACCUUUAAGUCUGGGAAACAGAGGAGACUAACUGGAAGCCAAAGCAAGGUUGUGAGCUGUGGGUAUCAUUUUAGAAGAUCUUUGCUCCGGGGUUAUUCAAAUUUUAUGAAGACUGGGGUGCCGCAACGUCUUAUGUUUUAUCAGAAUGGUGAAUGGACUGAUUUUUCUCAAGAUCUUGUUGCUUUGGUUAGGAAGGAUCUUCAAGAGAAGAAACCGGCUAUUGAGGUUGAGUUAGAGGGACAUCACUACUUGCUGGAUCUCUUGCAUAUGUUUCUAGUGGACAUGAAGACAGGUUUUCAGAAACCAAUUGCUUGGAUUGAUGAAGAAGGUGGCUGUUUCUUUCCCGAAAUUUAUAUUGAUAAUGAGGAGCCACAUGAGUCCUUCCAGCAUAAUUGUGCGAAUGACCAAGGGCCUAUUUUUAGAGAGCCUAAUGGACCUCAGGAGAUAAAGCUGCAGCUGGAAAUUGACAUAAAUGGACUGGAUCAACAUCAAUCCAAGUUAGAGUGUAGUGGAGAGUCAAAUGCUUUUGUAAAGCAUAUUGCAAUUGCUCAAAAUCCUAGAAGUGUGAACGCUGUAGAAGUUGAGGAUAGUUGCAACAGGAAGCCUGAUGAAAAAAUUAAUGAAGCUUUUGAGGAAAAUCAACAUAUUAAAGCAAAUGUAUCCACUGGAAUUGAAUCUGUUAAUGAAAAGCUGGAUUCUAAUACUGUACAAAAUAUAUUUCUUACAGGCAUGAAGUCUUUUAGUAGUGUUGACUCACUUGAUAUUUGUCGCUGCUCUAGUACUUCAAUGCAAGCCCGAUUGGAGAUUUUCCAGAAGCAGAUUGAACUAACAAAAAUUUGUCGUGGUGAUGCAAAUGUUCGAUAUGCUUGGCUUGCUUCCUCUAAAGGAUUACUAUCUACAAUCAUGUUGUAUGGACUUGGACAUUGUGGACUAUCCACAACUAAGUCCAAAUAUGGCAUUGGUGUUCAUCUAUAUGCAGCAAACUGCAGUCAAUCAAGUGCAAAAUUUUGUGAUGUUGACGAAAAUGGAGUACGGCACAUGGUUUUUUGUCGUGUAAUAAUGGGAAAAAUGGAGCUCGUUCAACCUGGGAGUCCGCAGUGGCAUCCUAGUAGUGAGAAUUUUGAUAGUGGUGUUGAUGAUCUUCAAAAUCCAAGCCAGUAUAUAGUGUGGAAUAUGAAUAUGAACACCCAUAUUUAUCCAGAAUUUGUUGUUAGUUUCAAGAUCUCUUCCAAUGCUGAAGGGAUUUUGGCUGGAAGUGAGAUAAAGCAUGCUGUGUCCGGCAUCACUAAAUCUUCACAAGGUGCUCAGCCAAAUUUACCAAUUGAGUCAUCUACUGUUGAUUUGAAUCUGCCAAUAGAAUCUCCUGUGGUUGAUUUGAAUUUACCUAUGGAGUCUCCUACAGCUGAUGUGCGGGGAAGUGAAAGCCAACCAGAAUCUGGGGAAUCUCUGGGAAAAGCUCCAAGUCUUGGUUCAAGCAACUCAAGGACUCCUAAAUCCCCUUGGAUGCCUUUCCCUAUGUUGUUUUCUGCAAUCUCAAGUAAAGUUCCUCAUGCAGAAAUGGAACGUAUAACUACUUAUUAUGAACUAUUCCAGGCAAAGAAGAUAAGCAGGGGAGAUUUUAUCAAAAGGUUAAGAUUGAUAGUUGGAGAUGCUUUACUGAAGUCGACGAUAACAAGUCUUCAAUGUGAGAUACCAUUGAAGUGUUUGGUGGGAACAGCCAAGUCAACUGUAGAAGGUUCAACUGGCCUAUAUGAUGGAUCAAAGCAGCACAUGCUUUAUUGAACUGCUAUGUUGGAAUUCUAGGAAAAGCUUUGCUCGUGUGGUUGAAUGUGUCGACAUGCAGUUGUGAAUAAUAUAUAUGACUUAAAGGUAUGUAGUUUUAGUUAUAUUGUAUUUUCUUCUUGUUACUGAAGGGUUAUUGUGACUUCGUUGAACUGAAACUUGAUAGUUUUUGGAACCAAACGCCUUGCAAGAAUGUAAUAAUCUACUGUGUUAAUUUGUCUUUCAACAUCUGCUGGCUUGUGCACGGCUUACUAUUAUAAUUAAGUUGGUGCAUGGAUAAGUUUAA